AGAUGAAAUCAUAGGUCAACAAAAAACUGGAAUUCUGAAUGUUCAAUUCUUUCUAAAUAAAACCAAGUGAUAGAAGAUGAAAUUAUGGCUGAUCGUCUCCGUAGAUUCGCACAACAGGUCAAAGAUAAGGUACAAAUUGCACAAGUGAAUGUAAAUAGCCGGGAAAGAGUAGAUCAACUGGUAACCAAGUAUGUACCUGCCGAAAGAGUUUCUGCUAUCGCUAAUAGAUUUAAACAAGAAGCAGUCGUAAACAAAGUGAAGGAAAUUGUAAAUAGAUAUGAGAAAUUCACUGGUAUCGAGGAAAUUAUGGCGAUUCAGAACACAGUCGUGGAAGCUCAGGAAAAAUUCAUGACAGCCCAAGACAGACGUCGUGAACUCGGGCGUGAGCUGGCACAAAUUGAAGCAAGAUUAAAGGAACUUCAUGCUGAAAUGCAAAACACUAUGAAGGGUGAUGAGAAAUACUUACAUUUGUGCACUGAGGAACAUAAGCUUAUUAUCCAAGAGCGUGCAGCCCGCACUCUCUUCUCAGAAGCAGAAAGAGAGGAAAGAGAACUUUUUGCAACUAUGUCAGCAGCAGUUAAACUAGGACAUGAAAGAGAGAGGGCUCAUGCUGAAAGAAAUAAGUAUUGGUAUAUAGUUGCUUCUAUAUUUGGCACUGCACUUGGAAUCGCUGGCUCUACAAUAAACAACAGACUAAAGAUGGCAGAGUUUAGAGAUAUGAUGGAACAACAAAUGGCUAGAAGUGCAAGUGUACUCUAUACUAUAGCAGGGGGUGGAACAGCAAGUCGGGCUGAUAUCACUGAAGCUAUGAAGACCGAGUUUGCUUAUCAGGAGCAACUGGCACAAAAUUUAACUUUAAUGCAAGAUAAUAUCAACAAUCUAGUCAACAAGCAGGCAUCGUUAAUAGAUCAUCUCCAUCACCAGGAGCAUGUAUUCGAAAUUCAAAUGAGGGAAUUAAAAAAGUUAGUUGUGGCUUCCGCUCAAACAAGCGCGAAAUCUGACGCAGAACUAGCAAAAGCAUUAUCUGUGGUUCAUCAAGAUUUAGACGACGACAAAGAGCGCGAAAAAGUAGUUCCAGCUACUCUAGAAACAAAUCAAAUUUUAACGGCAGUUGGUAUUCUUAUGUGUGUAGUUGUCAUUUUCGGAAAUAUUUUUGGACGUGUAAGUUGAUUCGGUAGACAAGAAAACGAUUUUCUGACUUCAUAACUGAACUGUAUUCUUAAUGUGAUUUUGUAAUCAUAUGUGUAUACUUAGCAUUUAAAUUAGAAAUCUGGGCAUUCAAUAUUUAAUUAACAAUAUAUUGCAUUUUGCUUUAUAUGCAGGUAUUAACUGCUUAAACUAAGUAAUAUAACAUUAAAAGUCUAAUAUUAUAUUAAAAUAUUAGGGCCAUCGCCCAACAAUAUUUUCAUGUAAGGUAUACGGUACUUUUAACGCCAUUGGUAACAGGACAACAGUUUAAAAAAAACGAAAACUACAACCUCUUUCAAUAUACAUUUUAAAAUAAAAACUGUCUUAAAGUUUAAUUUUUAUUUAGUAUUUUGCAGGAGAAGGAGUCCUUAAAUCUUCUUGUGAUUUUUUAAAGUACAUACGUAUUUUAAUUCGAAUUUCCUAGAUUUUAAUUUUAUUCACCAAGGCUUGUUAGGUUAAUUAAAUAAAAUUCAUAAAACAAGCGUUUUUUAAGGCAGUUUUUGGCAACACUGUGGAGCCAGCUGUCCACUGAAGUGUUUCCAAGCUAAUUCACUUUGGGUUCUUCAAGAAAAGAGUGUACCAAUUCUUAAAAAAAACCCGCAAAGUACUCGCGAGCUCUCUGGCAUUAAGUGUUCAUGGGCGGCGGUAUCACUUAACAUCAGGUGAGGCUCCUGGCCGUUUGGCGCCUGUUCUAUGAAAUAAAUAAACAUUCUAAAAUUUCAUUACACAGCUAACAAUUUUAUAUUUUCAUGUACCUAUUUAUAAAAGGGUUAUUUUUGUACUAAUAUGUAAGGAUAUCUAUGGCUUGUUUUGUUAUAUUUGAUUUAGCACAAUAAAUUAUCUUUGUUAAAUGUA